AUGACUUCAGAUGAGAAGUUGGGGGACAGUCUGAAGACUGAAGUAGAGAAAGAAAGCACCUUUGAGCUGGACUCGUCACUAAGCUCUGAAGCAGAUGAACUGCGCAUCAUGUUAGUGGGAGCAAGAGGAUCUGGAAAAAGCUCAACUGGAAACACCAUUUUAAGGUGGAACGCCUUCAACACGGACAUGCAGCUGAGCAGGGUCACGCAGUUCUGUGAAAGAGCAACUGGAAACAUCAACGGCCGACCCGUGGUCAUAGUAGAUACACCGGGACUGAAUAAAACCAGUCGAAUGGAGAAGGAGGUGACCAGGGAGAUCUUAAAAUCUGUCUCUCUGUAUAAACCAGGACCACACGUGUUUCUGCGGGUUCUGCCGGUGGGGAAUUUGACCAAUGAGGACAAGGACAUGCAUAAAUUAAUCCAAAACAUGUUUGGGAAGAGCGUUUGGAAUUACACCAUUGUUCUGUUCACACAUGGAGACCGACUGGAAGGGAAAACACCAAAUGAUGUGAUCGCCAGCUCGGACAAGGAUCUUAGAGACUUUAUCCGCACGUGCACCGGUGGAUUUGUGUUCUUCAAUAACAAGAACACUGGCUUUGAGCAGGUCAGCAAACUUCUGGAGAAGAUCGACACCUUGGUGGCUGUCAACGGCGGAAGCUGCUACACUACGUCAUUUUACCCGGCCUCCGAGAAGAAGAUACGCGAAAAACAAGAGAAGAUUCUGGAGGAGAGGCACGAGGAGAUAGCACGGAAGCUGAGAGAGCUGGAGGAGAAUUGUGAGGGUGAGGGGGAGUUAGAGAGGAAAAAGUGUGAGCUGUGGAGGGAGGAAGAGGAAGAUGCACGGAGACGGGCAGAAAAGCCACAAAAAAGCAGAUCUAUGACAUUAAAUCUCUCCAGAACCCCUGCAUCUGUAACAAAAUCGUAG